CCGUGGGCACCUGCGCGGGGCCGCUGGGCAGCGGCGGCGGCGACAUGAAGGUCACGUCGCUCGACGGGCGCCAGCUGCGCAAGAUGCUCCGCAAGGAGGCGGCGGCGCGGUGCGUGGUGCUCGACUGCCGGCCCUACCUGGCCUUCGCGGCCUCGAGCGUGCGCGGCUCGCUCAACGUCAACCUCAACUCCGUGGUGCUGCGGCGGGCCCGCGGCGGCGCCGUGCCGCCGCGCUACGUGCUGCCCGCGGCCGGCCCGAGAGUCUACUUUCUCAAAGGGGGGUAUGAGACCUUCUACUCAGAAUAUCCGGAGUGCUGUGAGGAUGUGAAACCCAUUUCCCAAGAGAAGAUUGAAACUGAGAGAGCCCUCCUCAGCCAGUGUGGGAAAGCAGUGCUCAACAUCAGCUACCAGCCGCCCUAUGACCAGGGCGGCCCCGUUGAAAUCCUUCCCUUCCUCUACCUCGGAAGUGCCUACCAUGCAUCCAAGUGCGAGUUCCUCGCCAACCUGCACAUCACAGCCCUGCUGAACGUCUCGCGGCGAACCUCCGAGGCCCACACGGCCCACCUGCACUACAAGUGGAUCCCCGUGGAGGACAGCCACACGACCGACAUCAGCUCCCACUUCCAAGAAGCAAUAGACUUCAUCGACUGUGUCAGGGAAAAGGGAGGCAAGGUCCUCGUCCACUGUGAGGCCGGCAUCUCCCGCUCGCCUACCAUUUGCAUGGCUUACCUCAUGAAGACCCAGCAGUUGCACCUGAAGGAGGCCUUCGACUACAUCAAGCAGAGGAGGAGUGUGGUCUCGCCCAACUUCGGCUUCCUGGGUCAGCUCCUGCAGUACGAAUCUGAGGUCCUGCCUUCCAUGCCCGCUCCCCAGGCUCCCUCCUGCCAAGGGGAGGCGGCGGGCUCUUCCUUUCUAGACCACUUGCAGACGCUGAGCCCUGAUGUGCAGGGCGCCUACUGCACGUUCCCUACCUCGGUGCUGGCGCCAGUGCCCACCCACCCGACAGUCUCAGAGCUCGGCAGGAGCCCUGUGGCCACAGCCACGUCCUGCUAAAUCCAGGAUGGGGAGCCAACCCAGCCCCAAGAGCAACUGUGAUACUGUCUUUGAAACUCACAGACAUUUCAGACCUUGGCAAUACCGAAGGCCUCCCUUUGUCACACUGGCCCGGUGGGACAGUGAGGGGUCACCUGUUGCGAACAGACUUCGGACUGACCUCGGUGGGGGGGGUGGGAGUGGGGGCAGGCCAAGCCAUUUGCGAGCACAGCGUGUGCCGACUACUGUACUUCCAGAUCCCCUGUGCUCCCUCUCAGGACAGCUUCGUCCAGGCACCUCAACCUUCUUCGCCUUCUCAUUUCAAGCAUAAGGCAAUAAAUAGCGGCAGCAACGUGGGAGGAAGCAGUUGCUGGACCAGGGGACGAGGCGGAUCCAAGCCAGCUCCUUUGGAAGGAAGCACAAUUCCCACUCUACUUCUUGAACUCUGACCGUCCUGGUGUCUGUCUCUGUUGCUUCAGGAUAAGCUGAUCAUCAUCCAGUCAGGAAAGCAAUGCCACUGGCUAUAUAGGUCUGCCCAUGGGAGCCAUCCCAGUGGGAAUGCUGCUCUCGUAUUGAGAUGUUUCCCUAAGCCACUUGCAACAGAAGCCCUUGGGCACAGACCACCUGCCAGGCCACGUGGAGGAGGGGCAGUGGUCAGAACUACCCUGUUUGUUGGGUGGGGCAUCUACUGGUGUUCUGGAGAGGCUCCCUUGGGCCCACUGGAGACAUGCGGUUAAAGUAGAAAGACUUUGUUGUCCACUGUGGCUUCUUCCCUGACCUGAGAGUUGUGUGAUUUUGAUUCAUACUUGAAUCUCUCUCGUUGCACCUCUCCUCCAAGCCCCUGCUGUGUCCCUGGGAAACUGCUCCAGACGAUAGACCAAAAAUCACCUUUUGGGGUGGGUAGCAGUGGGUGCCCGGAGGACAGGAAGACCACUCUGUAUUCUGGCCAGUGUCGCAGCAAGCCGUUGUUUCCCUGGCUUGUUGUCCUCCUGCGUCCUGUGUCUCCGUCUCCUGGGACACGUGUUCUCUCCCCUGACCCUGGGGGUUGUCUUCAAGCUGUUGACUUCUGGGGUUUGUGGAUUUCGCUAUGUGGUACUAUUACUGGUUGUUUUGUUUUGUUUUUGUCUGUAGGUUAUUUUUCCAGGGGAAAAGGCAAUAAUUUCCUAAAACCCAUGUGAAUGUGAAGGAAAGCAGUGUGUUACUGGCUGUUGUUUUUUUUAUAUAUAUAGAUAUAUAGUGAAAAAUAAAA